AUCCUGCACUGCAGUGUCUUGUGUUGCAGUGUUUAGGCAGCAGGAUGCAGCGUGCUGUUCAAGUUUUCCGGUGGGGUCCCUGAAGGGGACAACUUUGAAAGACAGCUUUUAAAGAAAAAGAAAUAGAAGGAGUUACAGUACCUGACGUGGGGUUGCUCUGAAUCAAGUGCUGCGCCGCAAGGAAGAUAAUUUUUGAGCGUUAUGAAGGCGGAGAAGGAUCCCGAAGACGAAGAAAAUAUCAUUAGAGAUCCAAGCUAAGUGUAGCACAGCAUGUGAGGGACUGAGUCACUGGUUAGGAGCUUGUCUGAGGGCUUGCUUUGUGAAUUGCAGAGAUUUGUAACUUAAUGCAAAGUAGUUUGCCAUUAGCAACAAGAAACUAGAUCCUGUCUAUGAUGAACUGUUGGUUUUCUUGUGCUCCUAAGAACAGACACGCAGCAGAUUGGAAUAAGUAUGAUGACCGCUUGAUGAAAGCAGCAGAAAGGGGAGAUGUAGAAAAAGUGUCCUCAAUCCUUGCUAAAAAGGGGGUCAAUCCAGGCAAACUAGAUGUGGAAGGCAGAUCUGCCUUCCACGUUGUGGCCUCAAAGGGGAAUCUUGAGUGUUUGAAUGCUCUCCUAAUACAUGGAGUUGAUAUUACAACCAGUGACACUGCAGGGAGAAAUGCUCUUCACCUGGCUGCUAAGUAUGGACAUGCAUUGUGCCUACAAAAACUUCUACAGUAUAAUUGUCCCACUGAACAUGUGGACCUGCAGGGAAGAACUGCACUUCAUGACGCAGCAAUGGCAGACUGUCCUUCUAGCAUACAGCUGCUUUGCGACCAUGGGGCCUCUGUGAAUGCCAAAGAUGUAGAUGGGCGGACACCACUUGUUCUGGCUACUCAGAUGUGUAGGCCAACAAUAUGUCAAAUGCUGAUAGACAGAGGAGCGGAUGUUAAUUCCAGAGACAAACAAAACAGAACUGCUCUCAUGCUGGGUUGCGAGUAUGGUUGCAGGGAUGCAGUAGAAGUCUUAAUUAAAAAUGGUGCUGAUGUAAACUUGCUGGAUGCCCUUGGCCAUGAUAGUUCUUACUACGCAAGAAUUGGUGACAACUUGGACAUUCUAACCUUGUUGAAGACUGCUUCAGAAAAUACCAACAAAGGGAGAGAACUUUGGAAGAAAGGACCAUCUUUGCAACAGCGAAAUUUGACACACAUGCAAGAUGAAGUAAACAUGAAGUCAAAUCAGAGGGAGCAUCAAAACAUUCAGGAUCUAGAGAUUGAAAAUGAAGAUUUGAAAGAGAGGUUGAGAAAAAUUCAGCAAGAACAAAGAAUACUAUUGGAUAAAGUCAAUGGUUUGCAGUUACAGCUGAAUGAGGAAGUAAUGGUUGCUGAUGAUCUGGAAAGUGAGAGAGAAAAGCUGAAGUCCCUUUUGGCAGCUAAAGAAAAGCAACAUGAAGAAAGUUUAAGAACCAUUGAGGCUCUGAAAAACAGAUAUAAAUAUUUUGAGAGUGAUCAUUUAGGAUCAGGAAGUCAUUUCAGUAACCGAAAAGAAGAUAUGCUUCUUAAACAAGGUCAAAUGUAUAUGACAGACUCACAGUGUACCCCCACAGGUAUGCCAGCCCAUAUGCAAAGCAGAUCUAUGUUAAGACCACUGGAGCUAUCUUUAAGCAGUCAAACCUCAUAUUCUGAAAAUGAAAUUUUAAAGAAGGAGUUAGAAGCAAUGCGAACUUUCUGUGAUUCAGCAAAACAAGACCGACUUAAGCUCCAAAAUGAACUGGCUCACAAGGUGGCGGAGUGCAAAGCUUUAGCGUUAGAGUGUGAAAGGGUCAAGGAGGAUUCAGAUGAACAGAUAAAGCAAUUAGAAGAUGCAUUAAAAGAUGUGCAGAAGAGGAUGUUUGAGUCAGAAGGUAAAGUGAAACAAAUGCAGACCCAUUUUCUUGCCCUUAAAGAACAUCUAACCAGUGAAGCAACUACAGGGAAUCACAGACUGACAGAGGAACUAAAGGAUCAGUUGAAAGACAUGAAAGCAAAAUAUGAAGGUGCUUCAGCAGAAGUGGGAAAACUAAGAAACCAAAUCAAACAAAAUGAGAUGGUAGUAGAAGAGUUUAAGAGGGAUGAAGGCAAGCUGAUAGAGGAAAAUAAGCGAUUGCAGAAGGAAUUUAGUAUGUGUGAAAUGGAGCGAGAGAAGAAAGGAAGAAAGGUCACAGAGAUGGAAAGCCAGUUAAAAGAAUUGUUAGCAAAGUUGGCCCUUUCCAUUCCAACAGAAAAAUUCGAAAACAUGAAGAGCUUAUUAUCGAACGAACUGAAUGAGAAAGCAAAAAAAUUAGUAGAAAUGGAAAGAGAGUAUGAAAAGUCACUUAGUGAAAUGAGACAGUUAAAGAGAGAACUUGAGAAUGUUAAGGCCAAGCUUGCUCAGCAUGUCAAACCGGAGGAACACGAACAGCUCAAGCACAGACUGGAGCAAAAAUCAGGAGAACUUGGGAAGAAGAUCACCGAGUUAACACUGAAAAAUCAGACAUUACAAAAGGAAAUUGAAAAGGUGUAUCUGGAUAAUAAGCUCCUCAACCAGCAAGUACACAACUUAACAAUUGAAAUGAAAAAUCAGUAUGUUCCUUUAAAAGUAAGUGAAGAAAUGAAAAAGUCACAUGAUGUCAUUCUUGAUGAUCUGAACAAAAAGCUUUUAGAUGUAACACGGAAAUAUACAGAAAAGACCAUGGAAAUAGAGAAACUGCUGAAGGAAAAUGACAGUUUAAGUAAGAACGUUAGUCGCCUGGAAGCCGUGUUUGUUCCUCCUGAGAAACAUGAAAAAGAGAUAACGGCUCUGAAAUCCAAUAUUAUUGAACUUAAAAAACAAGUGUCUGAACUUAAGAAAAAAUGUGGUGAAGACCAAGAGAAAAUACAUGCACUCACAUCUGAAAGCGCUAACUUGAAAAAGACUAUGAGUAAUCAGUACGUGCCAGUUAAAACCCAUGAAGAGAUUAAAAUAGCCUUGAAUAACACCAUAGAUAAAACUAACAGAGAAUUAUUAGAUGUGAAGAAAAAAUGUGAAGAUAUAAAUAAAGAAUUUAUAAAAAUAAAAGAUGAGAAUGAAAUAUUGAAAAGAAACCUGGAAAACACUCAAAACCAAAUAAAAGCUGAGUACAUCAGCCUAGAAGAGCAUGAGGAAAAGAUGAGUGCUCUAAGUAGGAGCAUGAAGAAGGUACAGGAUGAUAAUGCUGAAGUGCUGGCUAAAUACAGACAGGGCCAAGAAGAGAUUGUGACACUGCAUGCUGAAAUCGAAGCCCAGAAGAAGGAACUCGACACAAUACAAGAAUGCAUUAAGCUAAAAUAUGCACCAAUUAUCAGCUUUGAAGAGUGUGAGAGAAAAUUUAAAGCAACAGAGAAGGAACUAAAAGAACAGUUAUCAGAGCAGACACAAAAGUACAGUGCCAGGGAAGAAGAGGCCAGGAAAAACAAGCAAGAGAAUGACAAGUUAAAGAAGGAGAUUUUUACUCUUCAGAAAGAUUUAAAGGAUAAGAGUGUUCUCAUUGAGAAUUCUCAUGAAAUGGAAAGAGCACUAAGCAGAAAAACAGAAGAGCUAACCAAACAGUUAAAGGAUCUGUCACAGAAAUACACAGAAGUGAAGAACGAGAAAGAGAAGCUAGUAGAAGAAAAUGCCAAACAAACUUCUGAGAUACUUGCAGUGCAAAAUCUUUUGGAAAAACAGCAUGUUCCAACGGAACAGGUUGAGGCCCUGAAAAAAUCUCUCAAUGGCACAAUUGAGAAUCUAAAGGAAGAACUAAAGAAUAUGCAAAGGUGUUAUGAGAAAGAGCAGCAGACAGUGACCAAACUGCGUCACUUGUUGGAGAAUCAAAAGAAUUCUUCUGUGCCCCUGGCAGAGCAUUUGCAGAUUAAGGAAGCAUUUGAGAAAGAAGUUGGAAUCAUAAAAGCUAGCUUGAGAGAAAAGGAAGAAGAAAGCCAAAACAAAACUGAAGAAGUCUCCAAACUUCAGUCUGAGGUUCAGAAUACCAAACAAGCAUUAAAAAAAUUGGAGACUAGAGAGGUAGUUGAUUUGUCUAAAUAUAAAGCAACGAAAAGUGACUUGGAGGCACAGAUUUCCAACUUAAAUGAAAAAUUGGCCAAUCUGAAUAGAAAGUACGAGGAAGUAUGUGAGGAAGUUUUACAUGCCAAAAAGAAGGAACUAUCUGCAAAAGAUGAGAAGGACUUACUACAUUUCAGCAUUGAGCAAGAAAUCAAGGAUCAGAAGGAACGAUGUGAUAAGUCCUUAACAACAAUCACAGAGUUACAAAGAAGAAUACAAGAAUCUGCUAAACAAAUUGAAGCGAAGGAUAAUAAGAUAACUGAACUGCUUAAUGAUGUAGAAAGACUAAAACAAGCACUCAAUGGCCUUUCCCAACUCACCUACACAAGUGGGAACCCCACCAAGAGGCAGAGCCAACUGAUUGACACUCUGCAGCACCAAGUGAAGUCCCUGCAGCAGCAGCUGGCUGAUGCUGACAGACAGCACCAAGAAGUAAUCUCAAUUUAUCGGACACACCUUCUUAGUGCUGCACAGGGUCACAUGGAUGAAGAUGUUCAGGAGGCCUUACUCCAAAUCAUACAGAUGCGGCAGGGGCUUGUGUGCUAGCAGUUAGCACUGACCGGCCGCUGUCUGCUUUAUCCUGCUGGUGCUGAGCUUUCUGUGCACAACUCCACAGUCUUUGUGGGCCUUACUAUGCUAGUAUAAUUAAAAUAAAACAUGUUUUGUUCCUUCA